AUGCUCCUUGUGGUUCUAUUGGCCUCUUGCCGCUGCUGCGUCCCCUGCAUGCCAUAUUGCCUCUCAUGUGUCUACUGGCUCUUCGGGGUUGUGUUCGCACUGCUCGCGGUUGUUGGGGCGGUGCUGGCGUACCUUUCCACCACUGCCUGUGGCGAGGUGCAGCUGCAGUACCAACGUCAGCCGGGCGUGUUCCAGUGGUACCUCGUGCCGUACUGUGAGCACAGGUUUAACUUUUCCAACAUCAACGCGGAAGUGAAUGCUGCCGAAAAGAAGUACUCCAACGAGGCCUGCAAGGUGUUGCUAAAGUCGUGCGAUAACAACCCCGAUUUUUCUUUUUUCGCUCAAGCGCCCGCUGCGCUCUCUGUCCCCAACAUCCCCAACAUCCCCAACAUCCCCAACAUCCCCAACAUCCCCGACAUCCCCGACAUCCCCGGUGUCCUCAAGGGCCUCCCUCGCCCGAUGCUGUGUGGCAAUGGCAUCACUUCGGAGGAUCAAUGCCCUGACUUCGAGACCAUGGCCAGCGCGAUGCGCGCCACCCGAGUUAAGGCUGGCGCGAUGAUGUGCCCCGUGGUGGGUGAGUCGUGCACGCUGCUCGAGUGCGCCGCCAACUGCACCCAAGACCUUGCGAAGGAGCUUGCGGCAGGGAUCCUGCAAGUCGCGGCGCAGGCAAGCAACGUGAGCAUUGCGCUUUCGUACGCCAGGCCUUUGCUCGACUGCAAUUUUGUGCUCGACAAGCUUAUGGGCGCCAUGAAUGACUGCAACGACCUAAAGACGGGGACCUUGAUGCUUGGCACGGGUUUCUUUGUGGGGGGGCUCAUGUUUGGCCUGGCCAUCUACGUCAUGUUCCGCGGCUCCUGCAUUUGGGUCACCCCGUCCGCACCCGACACGUGGGCUAGUAAGUGA